AUGACGGUUAAAAUAAACUUUGAACUGCCAGUCUGCUGCCACUGGAACUGUAUGAUGAUGAUGAUGUCCACAGAUUACAAGAAGACAUCGCCUUUCUCGAGUGCAGAGGAACUCUACGAUGAUCCGUCGCCGUCGGAAUAUAGAAAUAGAGGGAUCGAACCGGACAGAUACCGGUCUCUGUCUGGUGACAGAGACCACCACUACCAAUACCAAUGCCAGCUUCGACAUAGUCAGCCAUUCAACGCGGACUGUCGCGUCUUCAGACCUGUUGUGGUUCCACGAACAAGACUGACCGAGAUCCCCCCAGAAACCAGCAAAGCCUUCAAAGGAACAUUCUACAGCCCGUUCAUGAGAGCCUACAGCCCCGUGCUCGCAGAAGCGGGCAUACCCUCGAACGACUUCCUCGCCUUCAUCGAUGGGCUCAACGAAGUGUUCAUCGCCAACCCCAUUCUUCAGACUACCGGUAUGGUCGGUGGAAUUCUGAGCAUGGUGCCCUUCCCUCCCGUGAAACUGGCCGGGAUUGGCGUGAAGGUCGCAUCGAAGCUUAGCACGGCAGGUAUCUCGUAUGGUCGCACACGAGCCUACAUCAAGGACGCAAACCUGGCGUUGUUCGGACCCAGAGGCCUGCAUUGUACCGUUAUGAGCACCAAAGACAUGAUGACGAAGGUGGGCUUGGACGAGGUGCAGCAAACACGCGUUCUGUCGUCUCCAUCGUCGUCACCAGAGGAUCAAGAUGAUGUCAACGAGGUCGACUCGAGACGCAUCGCUGAGAUACACGACGCGUAUGGAGGCGACGCUCCGGUGUCCAGGGUAAUGCCUGCUGACCCUAGGCUGCAGAGGUUAAAUGCACUGGAGGGCUUUGUUGCCCCACUUCAAAUUGAUGGCCUGCCUGAUCGGGUGGCACAGACCAAUGUUCUGAAACGGAUGAAUGCUGCGUUUGCAGAGACGCAAGAAGCCAAGCAAAUCAAGAAAUCUGGCAAGCAGCGGGACGACAGUCGCAGGACGAGACGGGGAAGACUGGAGGAUGCGGAAAGGGAAAGACAGCAGUGUGACAUGGAAAUUGCCACUAUUGAGAGGAAGAUGGAGAUAUUGCACGAAAAAGCAGCCAGAGAGUCGUAUGAUGGCUCGGCUAAGAGAGACAAGGUCGAAAAGGUGUUUGACAAAGAGAUGAGGAGGCUGCAGCAUGAGAUGGACAAGGCGUGCCGCGGGAGGGACAGGAAGGUCGACAAGAGCAUGAAACAAGGGGAAGACGAAUGGGAGAGGGUCGGGAAGAGAGAGAGACGGAUUGCCAGUAAGAUCCGGUGGGUGGUGAUCUCCAAGCGGGAGGAGGGACAACCGGAUGAUGAGACACCGGACGAGUCAGAGUGA